AUGAGUAAGAGCAACCUGCAAGAAGAAAUCAGUGCUGUCUGUGAGCUCAUGUCUCCGGGACUGGAGGAGAAGACGUGGACAGAGGUGGUGAACAGGAUGGAGAGUGUGAUCUGGGAGCUCCGGCCCAGCGCCGACGUCCAGAUAUUUGGAAGUUUUAAAACUGGCCUGUAUUUACCUACUAGUUGUGCCAUCCAUCUUGUGGUAUUUGGGAAGUGGGAGAACCUGCCCGGGACCUUGGAAGAAGCUCUUUGGAAACAUAAAAUUACAGAUGACAUUUCUGUGAAAGUUCUAGACAAAGCAGCCAGCACUAUUAUUAAGGUAACAGAUUCUUUUACUGAAGUGAAAGUUGAUAUCAGCUUUAAUGUACAGAACGAUGUGAGAGCUGCUGACCUGUCAAAGACUUUACCAAGGACCAAGAAAUAUUCUGUAUUACCAUACUUGGUUUUAGUACUGAAACAAUUCUUAUUACAGAGGGACCUUAAUGAGGUAUUUACAGGCAGAAUUGGUUCUGAUAGUCUCUUUUUAGUGGCAGUCAGUUUCCUCCAGGUACAUCCCAGGGAAGAUGCUUGCAUCUUCAACACAAACUAUGAUGUUCUCUUAAUAGAAUUUUUUAAAUUAUAUGGACAACACUUCAGUCAUUUAAAGACUGGCAUCCGGGUAAAGGAUGGUGGUUCGUAUGUGGCCAGAGAUGCAGUGCAGAAAAAUAUGCUAGAUGGCUACAGGCCAUCAGUGCUUCAUCCUGAAGAACCUUCACAACCAGGUAAUGAUGCUGGAAGGAGUUCAUAUGGGGCCAUGCAAGUGAAACAGGUUGAUUAUGCCUAUGUUGUUUUCAGUCAUGCUGUGUCGUCAAUAGCGAAGUACUAUCCCAACAAUGAAACAGAGAGCAUAUUAGGUAGAAUAAUUAGAGUAACAGAUGAAGUUGCCACAUAUAGAGAUUGGAUAUCAAAGCAAUGGGGCUUGCAGAAUAGGCCUGAGCCUUUGUGCAAUGGUCCAGUGUCUUCCUCUUCUGCCACGCAGUCCAGCUGGAGUGAUGUAGAUUCUGAUGUGACACCAUGCAAAACCCCGAAACAGCUGCUCUGCUGUCUGUCCACUGGGAACCGAGUAGGGUCACAAGAUGUGGCCUUGGAGUGCUCUCAGGCCGUCGGGAAAAUGCAGAGCACCCAAGCCACUAACCCAUCCAACAGCACCAUCAGUGGGAUUUGUCCUGGGUCAGCAGAGCUCUUUCGUUCUUCCAGCAAAGGCUUCGGUACAACUCAAACCAGCCAUGGUCCCUUGAUGACAGACAGACAGCGUCAAGGCAAAUCCAGUACGUAUAUCCAUGGCAGAAAGGGGAAGACAGUUUCCUGCCUGUUGAAUGAGGGGGAGAACCAGGGCAUCUUCGUAUGUUCCCAGCCUGGGGAAGGACAGAUUCCCAACAUGUCCAGCUGCAGAGAGAUGAAGGCUGACGUCGGAGGCUGUGUCUGCUCCCUGCUCAGCGAGGCACUCUCCACCGGGAUCAGCCUCCUGGCCCAGAGCAUGAAAGAGCUGAGGGCCUGCUCUGUGCUCCGAGAGGGGGAGGCACUCUGUGCCCUUCAGAAGGAAGGUGUGAACUUUGUGCGGGAGGACUCUCCGGUGGCACUUUAUCAGAAGUGGCCAUUUACUGGUGGCCAGUUUCCGGAGCUGGGGGUGGCAGGUGCCAUUUACUCCCAGUUUACAGAGGAGACAGCUGAGGCCCAGAGGGGCAGCAUCCUGUCCUGGGUCACACAGCAGGUUGGUCCCCAGAGUGUCCACUUGCUCACACCACCUCUGGUGGAGAACCACCGUGUUGAAGGUCUGGAGUCGGGCUCAGGACUCUGGACCUCGUCUUUGGAGUGUGGCAUGGCGCCCGCUGCCAGCCGUGGGCAUCCGGCUCGACUUGUCACUGCCCACGGAUUUCGCAACCGGCAUGUCAUGGCCUUCCACACUCUUCUCCUGGGGCCCAUCCGGCUGGGGGAGGAGGAAUCCUUUGAAGUCAGCUGGAAGCGCUGCUUUAAUGGGGACCUGCGCUAA